CGUGACGUCACAGAACGUGCCCUGCCGUUGGCGGCGCGCGCCGGAGUUUGAAGGCGGCGGGCGGCGAUGGUGAAGGUGAGGCGCGCGGUCCCACGCGAGAGCCUGCGCGCCGUCUUCAGGCGGCAGGCGCCGCAGCUCCGGCUCAGCAAGGACGUCCACGUGAUGGUCCAUUUAAACUGUCUCUUGUUCCUACAACGUUUGGCGCAAGAGGCAAGAAUUAAAGCUGUUGAAGCGAAAUGUUCUGCAAUUCAACCAAACCAUAUCCUAGAUGUGGCAAAGACUGUUUUGAAGAAGAGCAGAGGCUGAAAGGAAACUGUGCACGUUAUAUUUUUUGUAUUUAAUGAAUAUGAUAAAUCAAUGAUAUCUUAAAAUACUGAACUGCAUGUAGUCUAGAAAAUAUACUAAAUUUUGAAGAGACAAAAGAUCCUUGCUAAAAUCGUGCUACAUGUGAUAUUUUGUUUUGGUAUGAUAUUUCAUUGGUACAUUUAUAGUACUUUACCAUGAUGGGGGUGAGAAAAUUAAGUACUUUCCUACAGCACAUUGCAGCUUUUACAAAAGUAGCAUGCAUAUUUUGUUAAACUGGUCAUAUGGAUAAUCCACAUUUUAAUCCAAGGAGUUGAUUUGCUGAAGGUGUAAAGUUGUUUUGACAUGUUAAAUUGUAUGAUGGAAAAUGAUUUAAUGAUCAGUAUAUUUAACUUGUUCAUAAAUAAAAAUUUUUAAAAGAAAAAAUA